AUGAAGGGUGCAACGACCCCUCCCCCAGGGCCCUUUGGCUACGCCCUGAUAUCGCCGCAAGAUACGCCGUUCGACUCCGCACCCGAACGUCCGCCGGGCCCCGCGCUGCUCGACGACAGCGAAUCCAACAUGCUAGACAACCUUUUCACAUCGCUAAACGCGAGCCAGUUCGACAGCAACGACUUCUGGCUCUCGCUCGGCGACCAGGGUGACAAUGCUGAGCCCGGCACUGGCAGUAAUUUCAGCUGGCCUGAUCUACCGCCCACCUUCGAGGGGUCUACCACCACCUUGCCAACGCAGCAGUCACACCACAUUCACUCAUCCAAGCAGUCAAGGGAGAUGGCCGCGCCUGAUAGAUCGGGGACGCUCAGCUCAGACGUUCUCGCAGCGGCGCAGAUGCUCUACCAAAAUGGACACGACCACCUCUCUGCACUGAAUAGCCAGAUAUACACCGACCACGGUCUACUGGAUCACCACCACGCUCACAGCAGCUACCACAGCCUCCACGGACAACAUCAACAGCAGCAACAACAUCAUCACCAACUAGAUGCAAAACGCGCCCACUUUGGCCGGUACAAUGGAGACGCGCUACAAAAGGACUUUGUCAUUCCAAAGGGCAUACACACCAGCACGAUGAUAUUCGAUCACGCCGUAAACCGCACACCGGCCAGCGACCACCAGACCGGUCCCGGUGCGGCAGCCAGCAGUAUGAAACUGGGUAGCAGCAUGCUACAGUGGGGAUCCGACUCUGGCUUUGCUCACCAGGGCUACCGCCUGCCACCUGGCCAACCUACUGCUGAAGAAACGACAGAAAAUCUACUACACAACCUAGAGUGCCUAGAAGCGCAGUCCAGCGCUGCAAACACCCGCCCGUCAUCUCCUGUGCGAAAAUUAUCAGAUAGACAUGGGCCAGAUUCAUCCUUCGCUGCACCUCGCAACCCGAACUCGUCCGCAUACGAAGACAGGCCCAAAAAGCGACGGAAGAGCAACAACAAGAUAAAAGAAGAAGACACAGAACUUGUCAGCGCUCUAUCAACCUCUAAAUACCCCUCUACAGCUACCACGACAUCUUCCACAUUCGCUCGCCCGUCGUCAAGUCGCAAGUCAAAAGGCAUAUCCCCCAACGGCGGCAACGGCAACGGCACCACCAUCAAAGCCAGCCGAGAAAACUUGUCCGAAGAGCAGAAGCGAACCAACCACAUCCUCUCUGAACAGAAACGACGUAACCUUAUCAAGCAAGGGUUUGAUGAUUUGUGUUCGUUGGUGCCGGAGCUGAAGGGAGGAGGGUAUAGCAAGAGCACCAUGCUGACACAGGCGGGCGACUGGUUGGCGGAUCUACUGGCUGGCAACGAGCUUCUGAAAGCGCAGUUGGCGGACCUCAAGGCUAGGGGGGGAUGA